AUGUUUAUUCGCCUACAGCCUCGCAGAAGACCACAAGGUACGCGACCCCCAGGUAAGCUGAAUGUUGCCUUGUUGUCUUUUCCCGCUCACCAUCUCCAUUUCAGCAAUGGGCUCGCUCAACGGCCAGACAACCUUCCAAUCGCCGAUGACGCCGCUGGCGAGAACGCCUCCGUGGAGAACCGCUGGUGCCAACUGCGAGACACGGUCCAGGCGACGGCGCUCGCCGUCCUCGGUCACGCUCCCCGCCAACACCAGGACUGGUUCGAUGACAACGACGCCGCCAUCAGAAAUCUGCUUGCUGAGAAGAACCGCCUACACAAAGCCUACGUAGAUCACCCCACUGAUGCCACCAAAGCUGCCUUCUACCGCAGUCGCCGCCAACUUCAGCAACGACUACGCGAGAUGCAAGACGCCUGGACUGCCCGCAAAGCUGAGGAGAUCCAAGGUUACACGGACCGCAACGAAUGGAUGAACUUCUUCUCUGCGAUCAAAGCUGUCUACGGUCCGCCGACGAAGGCCACCGCUCCUCUCCUCAGCGCCGACGGCAACACUCUCCUGACUGAGAAGACGCAAACCUUACAGCGAUGGGCCGAGCAUUUCUGA